CAUUUUUUCUCUCACCCUUUCUCUCCGUUGCCCAGGUGAAAACGAGGGAGAGAGGCGGAAUCUGACACCUCCGACUUCCCCGAUCUCUCACCUCCCUCUCUCUCCAAAACUCCGAUCAAUCUCUCUCUCUCUCUCUCUCUCUCUCCCCCCUCAUUCUCUUUCUCUCUCUCCCCAGUUCCCAAAUCUAGGGCUACAAAGCUAGGGUUUCUCCAAUCGAGCUCUCAUAAGCUUGAGAUCGCGCUGUUGAGCCGACACCGACGCAUCCUCGGCUCCCACCUCCCGCCUCCCGCUGUCGAGCCGACGCCGACGUCGAGAUAAGGUAAGGUUGUCUUUGGUGAUAUCUUUGAUCUUUUCGGAACCGCUCCAGAUUCAACUGCAGGUUUCUCUUGGAUCUCUCUGUCAACAUGAAUACAAAUUCAUCCGAGGCACAUCCUGGAGCAAAACAAUUUCGUUACAAACCUGUACCGUGUUUUGAAAACUUGCAAAUCAUUUAUGGGAAAGACAGGGCUGGUGGUUUAUCUUCUGAAACUAUCAAAGAAAGACGUGCUCGCAUAGAAAAUGAAAGAGAUGAAUCAAGUUUUAUCAAUACAAAUCAAGAUGAUAGAGAAGCUGUUCAAGAGAAUGAUGUAGAAUGCAUUGGCCCUUCAAAAGGUAAAGAACAAGAUCCCAAAACUCAUUCUACAGCGGGAACAUCUUCUAAGGUGAUAUAUAAAAGAAAGCAUAGUGCCACUAGCAACUUGGGUGAAGAGCUUGAUGGGCUAAAAAGCGGAAUGGAGUCAAUUGCUUCUGCAAUUUGGAAGACCGGUCCUCGUUUUUACACAGAAGGAGAGAUAUUUGAGGAGCUUUCAAAAGUUGAAGGGCUCAAUGAGGACGAACAGCUUGUAGCCUACGACUAUCUUAGAUAGAUUGACUGUUAGUAGGCGGUAUCUGUAAUUGUUGAGUCUUAUGAAAUUACUAAUAGAUAGGAACUUUUUGUUAUAACUUAUAUGCUCUGAUUAACUUCAUCUAUAAGUUCUUUCAUUUUAUUGUGAUGUCUGUGUGUCUUAC